CUGCGUGCAAGAUCGAAAGGUGGUGUGUACGUCGGUGUCUGAGUAUUUCUAAGGUUCUGCGCAUGAUUUUAGAGACUGAACCGAUUUCUGCCCGCCCUCAGGAUGUCUGACACGGUGUGUGUGUGUGUGUGUGUGUGUGUGUGUGUGUGUGUGUGUGAUUUUGAGGCGGGACAAGGGACCCAUUGCACACGGGUUUGUGCAUGGAGUCUGUAAGUACGUGUAGGGAAUAGUAAGCGCAAAAGAAAGGCGUGGGGUGCAGAUGCCACGUCUGUGUGCGCAUGUGUGUGAUUGCCUGUGUGCCUGGGAUCCGGGACCCAGCCUGGGCACCACUCUAGUGCAGACCAGCUCUGCCAGCUGCGUGGGAAGAGGUUAGGGGAGGGGAGGACGCUAUUGUGUAAUGUGUUGCAAAGGUAACGCCCAACUCCUGGGGCUAACUGUGGCAUGGCCCACACUGGGAGUGUACGGAAGGCAAGCUCAGCCCGGUGGACACUUGGGUUGGUGCCAUUGUAAGUAUUCGCCCAAGGUAUGCCAGGACUGGAGUGCUCUCUUCCUUCUGGGAGCUCUUGGAUCGCCAUCAGCCUCAGAAGAGGCUACUACUGCCCACACAGUGACCCACCCAGGAGCCUGAGGAUGGGGACAGGAAAACAUUCCCUCGAGCUCCUGAGAGGUGGGUGGGGCCUGAGAUGGUGAUGCCCCAGUCCACAGCUGCAGUUCGCAGGGACUGGUCCCCAGUGGCUCUUCCAUCAAGAUGGCCUUACUGGAUUCCAGGACCAAGGCAGGAGCAAUCCUCCUACACCGAGGACUGAUGCCUGGGACGGCUCCGAGGUCAAGUUCACUGCCUUACUGAGACCCCGCACAAGGCUGAGCGAGCAGCUGUGGGGUUACCUCCGCCCCAUGACUGUGGUACGGGCCUCUAUGAGCCGCUCCCAGGUGGCCCUGCUGGGCCUGGGCCUGUUGUUCAUGCUGCUGCUCUACGUGGGGCUGCCGGGUCCCCCUGAGCAGACUGCCUGGCCCUGGGGGGACCCCAAUGUCACCAUCCUGGCUGGUCUCACCCCUGGCAACUCCCCGAUCUUUUACCGCGAGGUGCUCCCACUCCACCAGGCACGCAGGGUGGAGGUGGUGCUGCUCCACGGAAAGGCCUUUAGCUCCCACACGUGGGUGCAGCUGGGCACACUGCAGCUGCUGUCUCAGCACGGCUAUCGGGCCGUGGCCCUGGAUCUCCCAGGUUUCGGGAACUCGGCACCUUCGAAGGAGGCCCGCACCGAGGCAGGGCGGACAGAGCUGCUCCGCCGGGUGCUGCGGGACCUGCGGGUGCACGAUGCCGUGCUGGUGAGCCCCUCGCUGAGUGGCCACUACGCUCUGCCCUUCCUGAUGCGAGACCACCAUCAGCUGCGUGGAUUUGUGCCCAUUGCACCCACCUCCACCCAGAACUACACCCAGGAGCAGUUCCGGGCAAUCAAGACCCCAACCCUAAUCCUGUAUGGGGAGCUGGAUCAUAUCCUGGCCCAGGAGUCCCUGCUGCAGCUCCGCCACCUGCCCCAUCAUUCUGUGGUGAAGCUGCGUGAUGCGGGCCACGCCUGCUACCUCCACAAGCCACGGGACUUCCACCUCGCCCUCUUGGCCUUCCUGGAACACCUGCUGUGAACCCACCACCACCAGGACCCUGGCAGGGCCUGGGCUCCCAGGAUCUGGACUGGUUCCACUGGAUUUUGGGCAGAGCCCAGAGUGCCAGGCCCUGCCGGGAUGUCUCCUCUCCUCCCACCGGGAUGAUAAAACACUCAUUUGUCUUGC